AUGGUGUAUAAGGUGCAAGAACAGACAGCCACUCCGGGACAAAGCGUGAAGCAAGAAGUGUGUGUGUGUGAGGGGGAAGGAGACGGAGGAGGGGACAAGAAAGGAUUUGACUGGUCAAGUCGGCAAGUGCAAACUUGUGUGGCGAUGGCGCGAGUGGGGAAGAGCAGCUUGCUGGGCGCUGGGCUACUGCUGCUGGGAGCCUUAGCCAACCUGCCGCGGCUCAGCCACAGCCAGGAGCACCGAGCAGCAGACUCCGGAGCAUUCUAUGCACUUAGCCAAAGGUUAUCUUCAGAUGUCUUUGUAGAUAUUAAAACCAACAAUCAUCGGUUGAAGCGACAGCAACCUAAGUCAGUGGACACAAACAGAGCAAGCCCAGAGCAGGACUUCACCGACCCGACCAAAAUCUUUGAUAUUCAACCAGCUGUGGACAAUAACAAUGACACAAAAUUUGAGGAAAAUACAGACCAUAAUUACUAUACAUCAAGAACUUAUGGGCCGGGGGAUGCUGCUACAAGUGAACUAUGGGUAAACAUGGAGAAAAUGGAAAAAGAUAAAGUGAAGAUUCAUGGGAUUCUAUCCAACACUCACCGGCAAGCUGCAAGAGUAAAUCUGUCCUUCGAUUUCCCAUUUUAUGGCCAUUUUCUGCGAGAGAUAACUGUAGCCACUGGCGGCUUUAUCUACACGGGUGAAGUUGUACACCGCAUGUUGACGGCCACUCAGUAUAUUGCGCCACUCAUGGCCAACUUCGACCCAAGUGUGUCCAGGAAUUCAACUGUAAGAUACUUUGACAAUGGUACUGCCCUGAUCGUACAGUGGGAUAAUGUUCAUCUACAGGAUAACUAUGAUUUAGGAAGCUUCACCUUCCAGGCCACCCUGCACAGCGAUGGACGGAUUGUCUUUGGUUACAAAGAGAUACCUAUCUACGUGACACAGAUAAACUCAGCAAAUCACCCAGUCAAAGUGGGACUGUCAGAUGCAUUUGUGGUCGUCCACAAGAUCCAGCAGAUUCCCAAUGUUCGCAGAAGAACAAUUUACGAAUACCACCGAGUUGAACUUCAGAUGUCAAAGGUUACGAACAUGUCUGCGAUUGAAAUGAUCCCGCUUGCUACUUGUCUCCAGAUGAAAAACUGCUUUGCCUGUGUUAAUGCAGAGAUUGGCUUCAACUGCACCUGGUGUGACAAGUUGCAACGGUGUUCCAAUGGAUUUGAUCGUCAUCGACAAGAUUGGGUGGAUAACGGCUGUCCUGAUGAGUCUAAUGAUCAGGCCUGUGACAUCUCGCCUGAGGAAAUGACUCAAGCUUCUUCAGCUACGACCACAAGCCUUGUGAUGACAACGACAACACACAAGACCCCAGGCACCACAUCCACAACUGCUAUCACGUCUGGCCUUCCUACUUCCAGCUUAACCACAGAAGAUGACACAAAGAUCGCUCUGCAUCUAAGGGACAAUGGAGCUUCAACGGCAGACAGCACUGCAGAAAAGAAAGGAGACACUGUACACACUGGGCUGAUUGCGGGAAUCCUCCUGGUGAUCAUCAUUGCUAUAGCAGCCGUCCUUGUGACCUUUUAUAUGUACCAUCAUCCAACAUCGGCAGCAAGCCUCUUCUUCAUUGAGCGUCGCCCAAGUCGAUGGCCUUCAAUGAAGUUCAGACGGGGCUCUGGUCAUCCUGCUUAUGCUGAAGUGGAGCCCGUUGGGCAGGAAAAAGAAGGCUUUAUUGUGUCUGAACAGUGCUGAAACUGAGAAACAAACAGUGCACCAGUGCUGGCCCCAGGAUGGGGGCUAAUCCUUUGAAGUGGAUGAAGAAACAAGCUGAAGCCCAUUAUCCACAAAAUAACUGCUUCUGGAUCAGCUCAAAGUAAGAAAGAUCAACAUUUUCAUCCACAAAGUCACCACUCCAUAGUCUUCCUUAGUAGCCCAGCGGACUUCACCAGAGUUUCAAAACAAAACCGUGCAGCAUUCCUGUUUGGCAAUUGUGGAAUUGGAUGAGCACUAGUGACAUACGCAAACCGCAAAAGUGAAGAACAAAUUCACUCCAUCAAAUUACUUCCAUGGAAAAGGAGAAUGCUCACUUAUCUGUGUUGCAAAUAUAGUUACAAGCAUGUGUUGACCAAUCAUCAAUCAGAGAGAGUCAUUGAUUGUCAUUCACUUCAGCAUUUAUAGUGAUUCAUAAAAUGUGUGUACAUUAAGAAUGCACUGACAUCAGUUGGUGAAAAUAUGGUGGAUGUGUGUAUUUCCUUUGCAAUCAUUUCUAAUGGCUUAGUUGGUUUUAGUAUCUGCAAUUCACUACUGUUUGAUUUCUUUUCUGUAGAUGAAAUAUAAUGUGUGAAAUUUAAUAUCCCAGUCUACAGAAUUCUGCUGGAAAAGGGUUGGGAAAUAAUACAAGACAGAAUGAUUUGUUUAACAUUUUACAAAAUGCAAAAAGGUUACUUUUUUUUUUCUUGAAUUGACUAUGUUUUCCUCAGUAACUUUUAUACAUUCCUAAUGUACACUUAAGUUAUCAACAGUUUCAAUAGUAUCUCCAAAAUAUUAUAUACGCAACAAGAUAACAUUGGUUUCAGAUUGCUGAGCGAUUUGUAAGAUUUGUGUUGCUUAAUUUGCUCCAAAUGUGCAAUACGUCAUCUUUUGGAUCAAAAAGGCAGUGAAACUGAUAAGGUUUAAGCAACCUACUGGAAACCAAAUUCUGGGGAAAAUUUUGCACAUCCUACUGGUUCUGUUGUGUAGUGGAUGCAUUAGUUAAAUAGAUGAAUAUAUUUUGUUUCUUGAUAGUUUACACAAGACAGGUUCUUGUGCUCCAGAUUGUGAAAAAAUAUAAAAGUGUAUUUUUUUUUUCCAUCCAUAAGAAGAGUGUAACAUGAACUACCUUCUACUUCAAAUGGGAUUUUAAAUUGUAAUGGCGUCUAGAGUGCUGUUUGAUAUUAGAAAGCAUUUUCAUUGAUGGCAUAGGACUGUCACUUUUAACUGGCUUUACUGAAAUGGACUGUUUGCUUACUUUGGAUUUUUGUGCUGUAAGAGUAGUUUGUCAUGAAUAAAUUCAGGUAAGUAUUCAUAAAUAAAAUCUUUAUUAAUAAACUUUUUUCAUUCCUCCAAGUAAAUGCACUUGUAAGUAUUAAUGCCAAUGGCAGAUUCAGAUCUAAUUUCAGAUAAUUGAUUUAUUUCCAGUGAACAAACAAUAAAUAAUUCACUUCAAUUAAUGUGUCAUUAGUGCAAAAGCAAUGGAUUUAUUUUUCAAAAAAAUGUUUAUGUAAAAGCAUUAAAUAGGAGUAAAAACUUGGACGAUCUGAAAUAAUCACGAAAACAGCCACAAAAAAUGCUUCUAGCUAUCAUCACUGAUGAUCUUAACUCUAUUAAAGUGGUUUUGAACAUUUUUCAAUGAAAAUUAGGGGCUGGAAUGGAAAAUAUUUGUGGUUACUCAAGGCUGAUAUGCUGCCACUGCAAUUAAAUUAGAAAUUAAUGCAGAAAAUACCAUGUUGGACAGCUAAGCAUGCAUUUAAUCAAUACAUACAAGAGCAAAUAUUGGAAGAGUUCUCCUAACUUCUGAGUUUUAUCUUGGGAAGAUAAAUACGAAAACCCACAAAGGCAGGUAUAAUUAAUGGGUGAUACAAUGGAUGGAAAUUGUGUUGGGUGGAAUUAUUUGCCCUCCAUUUUUAAAAUCAGAAUUCACGUAUGAUUGUGACACUGAGAAUAAGUGCAUUUGGAUAUUGAUAUAUUAGGACUUGGACCAUUAUUUGAUAUGAAGCGAUAACAUUAUACAAUCAGCACAGAAGAACUUUAGUUACAAUAAAAUGCACACACUAUAAUCACAAGUAAAAGCAAACAGCCACAAGCAGAUUUACAUAAUAAAGGAAGGUUUACAUAAAGCUAAAUUCUGAGUUAAGAGUAAAUUAGAGUUCAUGUUCAGUACGGACAUUAUGGGCCGAAGGGCCUGUUCCUAAGCAGUACUGUUCUACCUUGUAAAUUAGAUCCGAUCACUCUUGUGCCACUUCUUCCGCCUGGUUUUCACAGUCCCUUUGAAAAGUGAUGCCUGAUUUCAAUAAUGCCCCAUCCAGAGAGAUAAUCUUGGGCUUAUGACUUUAUCGUGCUUCUUUGUGCUAGCAUUUUAGGGCAACUUCCUAAACUAAACAGCAGUGUUUCGUGUACAAGACUGCAUCAUGUGCAUUGGUUCUUCACACUUUUACGUACCCAAAGAAAGCAUGCAUUAAAAGAUUUUAAGAAGAGAGCAGUAAAAAUACUGGGCAUAUAUUAUUGUCAAAUUAAUUUGAAAUCCGGUCAUUUUUACAGUACAUUAAGACAGCACCCUGGUAUUUAAAAUGUGUCCAUUGAUGGGAUUCUAAAGGGCCUGUCCCACGAGCAUGCGACUGCAUGCGGCAAGCGCGACCUAACGUAAUCGCUUGAGCCGUACGGCCUCGCGGGGCCGGUCCCACUUCGAUCACCGGAGCCAUAUUGAGUCGUGCAGAGCUGGUCCCGACAUCGCGCGGGGCUCCGAAAAACUGACACGGUCCAAAAAUUCCGCGUGGCAACGGCCUGCUGACCCGCAGCCGCAUUGAGGCCGUACGCACCGCCUCGACGGGCGUGUGCGCAGCGUCUCGUUGCCGUACGCAGCGUCUUGACGGCGUACGCCUAGCGCGAACUUCCCGCAGACUUCACUCGAACUUCACGUCAACUUGUACGGGAUCACUCGAUCUCCGCGCAGCCCCCGCUUCCGGUUUGGUCGCGCUUGCCGCAUAUCGUCGCAUGCUGGUGGGACAGGCCCUUAAUUUCCUCCAUCCUUCAUAUUUGUUAAUUCUCUUUUUUUGCUUGUGGAACAAAAGUUCAAUGUCAUGAAUCAUUUUAUUUGCACUUGUUCUGAUUAUUCCCAGGUUAUUAUUGUCACCACAAUAAUUUUAUUCGUUAAGUUUUGCAAUAUCAUCUUAGAUUUUAAAUGUGAGGAAUGUUCUAAUGAAUGAAUCUUAAGAUUAGUCUCGGGUUUCUAUUAAAUGCCAUUGCUACCAGAAUUUUGAGCUUAAUGGACCUAUUAAUGGACAACUAUCCAUAGCUCUUGAAUGUGCUAACCCAUCAGCGAUAUAAUCAGAUAAGUAUAAAAUCUCUGAUCCUCUUUGUGACGAACCAAUUUAAAUUGGUUAAAAUGAUUUAUAGGCUCUAGCUAAAAUUAUAUAAUCAAUUAAAUAUAAAUAAAAUAUUGUGGCGUCAGCCUAAACACGAGCCACUCAUGCUCGAACCCUCGUCAGGAGAUACGAGGGCGGGCACAUGACGUCAUGGGCUAGAGGGAGUGUCCUGGUACUAAAGGUAUCUCACCGCAAGACCUUGAUGAGUCGACAGGUAGCUGAGCCCGAGAUAACAACCUCGCUCAGCUACAGCAAAUUUUGUAUUAUAAAUAACGCACCAACCUAACAUGUCACCACUGAAUAAAUGACUCUUUGAACCGGA